CGAAGGGUGUCCAUAGCUGGGAGCAUCCUGGCCACGGCCGGCUUCGUCGUCAGCUCUUACGCGAACUCGAUGGAAGUUUUGAUAUUCACGUUCGGCGUCCUCGCCGGUUUCGGUUUGUCCCUGUGCUUCGUCGCAGCCGUGGUCAUAGUCGCCUAUUACUUCGACAAGAAGAGAUCGUUCGCCACAGGGUUGUCCGUAUGCGGAAGCGGUAUAGGAACGUUCAUAUUCGCCCCUGUCACCCAGUACCUGCUCGCCGAGUACGGUUGGCGGGGAACCACGUUGAUAUUGGCAGGCCUGUUCCUCAACCUGGCCGUGUGCGGCUGCCUGAUGAGGGAUCUGGAGCGGACGACGAUCAGGGCGAAGGCGAAGCCCGAGGAGAGGCGGAAGAAUCGGGAGAGGAAGAGGGGCAGGAUACAGAGCUCGAGCGUGGACUCGUUCUCGGCGAACAGCUCGCUCAACACUCUCACGAUCAUGGAUAAUCUUCGGAUUCAGGAGAAGGAGGAGGACGACGAGAAGCUGUUCUCCAGUCUGGUGAGCUUGCCCACGUUCGUGAAGAACAGCGAGAAGGUGCCGUUGGAGGUAUUGGAACUUCUGAGCACGCGUAAGAACGUGUACAACGUGUUGCUGCAAAAUUAUCCGAGCUUGCUCAUCUCCUCGAGAAGUUUCAGCGACUCGGGGCCCCUUCACGACCAGCUCAGCACACCCUCGGCCCGAUUCGUGCCCACCCCCAGCUCCCUGUCCGAGUUGAAGAGCGAGGAGAACAAGGACGAGGGUAAGGUGUCGGCCAACGACGAGCAAACCCUUCAACAGCAAACGGACGCCGCUUGGCGGCUGUGGUGGUCGAAGAAGAUCAAUCUGGACAGCUCGUUGAGAAGAUCCAGCACCUUCGACCAUACGAGGAGAUUGCCCACCGCUUAUUUGAAGGAUAUCAGAGUGCACAGGCACAGCCUCACCUACAGAGGGGCUAUGCUCAACAUAAAUCGAUACAGACUCAGGGCGUCCAGUUGUCCGGAUAUUUAUAGGAACUCGAUGACCACCAUAGCCAAGACCAAGCUCGUGUGGUACGCGGGCCUGUGGGAGUUCUGGGACCUAGUCGUCGACAUGCUCGAUUUCUCCCAUUUCGCAGACUCCCGCUUCUUGCUCUUCGCUAUCAGCAAUUUCCUCCUUCACACGUGGUACGACGUCCCCUACGUCUAUUUGACGGACAACGCGAUCGAGAUGGGAUUCAGCGAAACCGAUGCCUCCAUCUUGAUAUCGGUUAUAGGGAUAUCCAAUAUGAGUGGCGAGAUUCUCCUUGGUUGGGCAGGUGACAAAGCAUGGGUAAAUGCAUCUAUCGUGUACGCGGUGUGCAUGGCCCUCUGUGGUGCAGUGACAGCUUUAAUACCUAUGGUAGUUGGCAAUUACUAUGCUUUGUGCGCAAUCUCUGGUGCUUUUGGAUUAUUCAUCGGGGCAAAUUAUAGUCUUACCAGCAUCAUCCUCGUCGAACUGAUCACUCUCGAAAGAUUUACAAACGCGUACGGCCUUUUGCUUUUGGUUCAAGGUGUUGCCAAUCUCAUGGGUCCUCCACUGGCUGGAUGGCUUUACGACAUCACAGGGACGUACGAUCUGUCGUUUUAUUUGGCCGGUUUCUUCAUCGCGUUAAGCGGAGUUCUGUUGCUGGCCAUGCCUUUAAUCAGCCUCUAUCGAAAAUGUUUGAACGGAUCCAGGAAGGAAGAGACGGACAAGGAUUUCGCGAACAUGAACAGAGUUUGAAUAAACGGCGACUAGUAUUAAUGAUGAUUAAUACUCGAGGAAAUAACGAUGCACAUCGACGUAUUUAUCAAUAUUAACGGAAUUUAUGGAAACAUAACACUUCCAAAGCAAAAGGAAUUGCAAUUAGCAAUUAGUUUUACAGCGGUAUCUUUUACCCGCAAUACGUGUUAAAAUCAGUCGCGUGUUUUACAUUUCAAUUAAACGUUCGUGGUUCCUUCAUAGAAUAGCGUAUACGCGAGUUGAUUGAACAAU